UCGAAUCAGUUAAUGUGUCAGUCGUAAGCGCGAUUCCGUCGCGGCGCGCGUCUCGAGUGAUACGGUGACUCUGGAUCACCAUCCUCAAGCCUUCUACUUUUUAUUUCAAUAACUUUAACAAUCUUCCCUGCUGCGAGAAGCAUUUUUUAAGGACUGAAAAUCCUUCGAUCGCAACGAUCACAAGAAGCGAUAAGAUUGUACAGUAUUUUAUUUUCAAUUGUGCGUUUAUACAUUUUCAUUUACUUUAGGAUGACAAUAGAGUCUUUUGAAUAAUUCCAUAGUUUCCUUAAAACUCUGUUGUUUGUGCGUGUUAUUUGUGAAUUUAAUAUUUAGACUUUUGUAUUCUGUUUUGAGUUGCGUGACGAAUUAGGUUUAUGUAUUGCUAGGACCAAGGAGGCGUGUUUGUUUAAUUGUUUGUUAGUGACUCGAAUGACAUUGAAUCGUGUAAUUUUUGUAUUUGUGUUUGAACUUUUUUAUGGAUUUCUUUAGUGACACUCUGAUGCUUGUAUUAAGUGAAGUUGGGGUGACAUAAAUAUUCUUUUUAUUCUAAUUGUGGAAUCGAUGAAUGUGUUGGCAAUAUAAAAUAGAAAAGAUUUGACUUUGAAAGACAAACAGGUUUUUGUAUAGCCAGAUACUUUAAUUACUUUUGUUUUUAAUCACAAGUGUUGUGAUUCUGUUCGGGCAACAAGUGUUCCUGAUUUCCGGUGACAAUUUGUGAGUGCGUUCGGAAAGUGGUCAGCUCCCCUCAUGAAACGAAGCAGCAACAGUUAAAGCUAAAUCAAAAGGAAAUGGGUGAAAGUAAGAAUUAAGGGGGUUGUGCGAGAAAGCGUUGGUGGUGGCGGGAUCGCAAUGAUAGCCAAUAAACCGUGAUGAGUAAGAGAGAGCAGCAGUCGGAGUGGUAUUAAUAAAUUAGUGUCUAGUUGCUAUAAGCAGCGGCAGCAGGAGCAUCAACAAGAGGAGGCGACACACAACAGAUAGAAGAGGAAAACGCAUGGGAAGAGACCGGAGGUGGAGAUGAUGGGGGCGAUGAUGGACAGUGAUGACUAUUCGAUGACCUUGAAUUUCAAGAAAUGAUCCGAAUGAUCUCGAGCCGGUCACGAGGAUGACGAAGGUGGCGGCUUGAAAGGGGUUUCGCUGUCGAGGCACGGAGGAGGGAAGGUGGAGGCAAGUAAGAGAGGAGACGGUGGACCGCGGCGCGGCGGGUUAGGGCCGCGCAACGGGCGUUAUCCGAUCGUCGCCGUCGUCGUCGACGUCGUCGUCUUCGUCGGUGUGGCGUACGGCCGUGUGCCCAGCCGCAGCGCGCUCUCUUCGUGUGCGCGUGUGUGGUGGACGCGCGCGAGCACGCCAGUGCGAAAGAAGACAAUUGACUCGCAGCCGCCGCCGUGCUUGGCCGGGGGCCUUCUGACGUCACAUCCUGUCCUCUCGGCUAGUCGCGAUCUCGUUUGGACCACGGCACACCAAGCAAAACGACAGCAAUGGCGGGCCACGUCGCACGGAUCAUCGGUAUCUUCGUUUGGGCAAAUGUUUUCACGGUAAUCCUAACGAAUCCGACGGACUCGUCGGAGAUAGACCUGUCCGACGAAAUGGAUGGGUUCACGACGACCAAGAGAACGUUACCGGACAGGUGUUUAGUAAAAACCGAGCCGGGCCCCUGCAAACAGUACGUCCACAAGUGGUCGUUCAACAAGACUGAAGGAAAAUGUAGGAUGUUCCCUUACGGCGGCUGCUUGGGAAACGAGAACCGUUUCAAUUCCGAAGCCGAGUGCCUUCAUCAUUGUGUGGGUGGCCCCGAACAUACGCUACCGCCAUAUUUGGUCACAAAGGGUAGCGUCUUUGUGACGAGCACUGCGACUACGAGUACAGUACCUUCUACCACCGCCAUUACUCCGCGACCAACGUUCGUGCCACCCGCACCUACGAGACCACCUGUACCGAAGUACAAAAGGGGAAAGGAACUAACUUUUAUGGAAUCAGGAUACGAGAAGACCUUUAUGUUUGCACAAAGUAAUACAUUUAUUCAACUCGACGGGCCCGGUAUUAAACCAUUCCAAUUACGACUGUGUCGCGAAAUAUCGUUCAAAUUCCGCACAAAACUGCCCCACGGUCUUCUAGUGUAUCACAGCGUGAAGGAUCGACCGGAUAGUUUGGACCCGUAUGCCUUGUACGUGAUCGUGGAGAAGGGUCAGUUGAAAGUUGUCCACGUGUUCGGUAAGAGAUCCACCAGCCUGACCGUCGGCGAAGGGUUGAACAGAGACGAAUGGCACAGCGUUCUUGUGAGAAUAGACGUGCACGGGGCGAAACUGAUCGCCAGAGUGGACGACAAACAAGAGGAGACGACCCUCGAAGUUCUGGAGCACGUGGUCAAUUAUGGAGUGUCCGAGGAACUGGCGUCUGUCGUCCUUAUUGGAGGAUUGAGUUCCGAAGAGCGAUUACACGGCGUGAAGUACAUAAUAGAAUCGUUCGUUGGCUGCAUAAUGGACAUGGUUCUCAGUUCCGGCAAAUCGGCUAGCGAUUUAUUGCCGAUUCAGCCUUUGAUAGCUACGAAACACGAGAACGUGCAAGAGGGUUGCAUAGAUAUGUGUAGAACACGAGAGAACCUUUGUUUCAUCUCCAGUCAAUGCGUAAAUCACUAUAACAGUUUAUCCUGCGAUUGCUUUGGGACGAAGUACGAGGGAGAACGUUGCGACGUGUACACGGCGACGAUUUUAACGUUGAGAGGCUCUUCUUAUGUCUCUUUCCGCGUUUACGACUGGAAAGACAGAGUGCAUUCGUCUGUCAACAGAAUAAGCCUCGCGUUCAAGACAAAAUGGGACGAUUCAGCAUUGUUCUACGCAUCCGGAGAAAUCGAUGGGACUCCUCACUACGUGGCAGCUUCCAUUGUGAACGGAUCGGUGCAUGUCGAAUUAGAUUUCGGUCAUAAUUCGAAGAUUGCCACAGUGCUUGGUGAUUACAUCACUGCGAACCACUGGAACAAUCUGACGAUAUUCCACAAUGGUUCUCUGGUGUUCGUUAGUUUGGACGAUGAGAUAAAAGUGCUCGAGGUCCCUGGAGAAAAUUAUAAUAUGAUCAUCGAUCCUGAAAUCUACAUCGGUGGUGGGCCUGAGUUGCAUAAGAAGAAGGGGUUACUUUCACACAACAAUUUUGCGGGUUCGCUGAAAUACGUGUUCUUCAAUGACAAAUCGAUAAUUUACGAAUUAAAACGAUCGAAUCCCAUGGUGCACUAUAUCGGCGUCCUAGAACCAGAAUACUACGAAGCUGAUGUCGAUGUAAUCCCGAUAACGUAUCCGUUCGCCGACAGCCAUAUUUGGUGGCCCAUAGCGAGAACCGAUUCUCUGAAAUUGAAUUUCGAUUUCAAGAGCUCGAAACCCGUUGCAGUAGUUGCUUCGGGGAAUGUAAAAAGUAAUCACGACCUUGGGUACUGGGAGCUUCGUCUAGUCAACGAUGAAAUUCGUUUUCAAUUGAUCCCAGUGGUUAACGAGAGUGUUACGGUCACAGCCGCCGUGAAGUUUCCCCCGUAUAACACAUCUUGGCAUGCGGUUGAACUGAACUACACCAGAGGAGAACUCAGUAUUUUGGUCGACUAUAAGAACAACCAAAGCAAAAUGUUCGCGAUGACUUUUGAACUAGGUGACAAAGUUAUCAUCGGGAGCGGAAAGGGCAAUGCAGGUUUAGUUGGCUGCAUGAGAGAAAUACGAGUGAACGACGAAAGAAUCGAGCCUAGAUACGUAGUGAACACCGAGAGAGUGAUCGGUGAAGUAGCUUUGGACAAUUGUCAGUUCGUAGAUCCUUGCACGAGACCGAACACCUGCGAGCAUGGUGGCAAAUGUUCUGUGAAAGAGGACAGGAUCACCUGUGACUGUACGGACACAGGUUACAUCGGAAAAAAUUGUCAUUUUGCUCAGUACAGAAAAACGUGCGAAGAACUGGCUCUACUGGGUUACACGCAGGAUGACGUCUACAAAAUUGACAUAGAUGGAAAUGGCAGAUUCCCGCCAGCUUUAGUGAAAUGCGAGUUUCAAUCCAUCGAAGAUUCAACGAAAACUAUAGUCGAACAUAAUCUACCUUCGCAAGUUGACGUCAGGUCCAUUGACGAGUCGGAUUUCUCUUUUAACAUCAAAUACAGACAGUUCACUGCAGAGAUGCUGCAGGAAUUGAUCUCUCAUUCUCUAUACUGCAGUCAAUACGUCAAGUACGACUGCUAUAAAGCACCUCUAGAGUUACACAGUGCCACGUGGUUUUUGAGCUCGAAAGGAACCACUGUGGACUACAUUGGGAACGUGAAUAGAGGAUCCUGUCCUUGCGGAAUGAAUAGAACCUGCGGCGAACCGAAUCUAAGUUGCAACUGCGACGUUUUCGCUGGGAAUGUUGGAAAGUGGCUGUCCGACGAAGGUUACUAUGAAACUCCGGACUCUCUAGGCAUCACGGGGAUGGUUUUCCUUCAGCAAAGAGAUCUUGAAGAGGCUGCUCGAGGUCGAAUUACCUUGGGUCCAUUAGAAUGCGUUGAAACGAAUACGCAGAAGUACGUGGUCACUUUCACAACCUCGCAGUCCUACAUCGAAGUGCCAGGCUGGCGGAAGGGAGAUAUAGCCUUCAGCUUCCGGACAACCGGAGAAAAAGCAAUUUUACUGUACCAACCACCAAUCAGAAGCAACUAUCCGUCCUUCAUGGUGGCUCUAACUUCCGAAUACCGCUUGACCUUCAAUUUCACCUUGAACACUGGGACCAUUAGAGAGUUAGAGGUAAAAAGUAGACGAAAAUUAAACAAUGGCGAAUGGCAAAAGAUUUGGAUCGAUUACAACGACUACCAUGUCAGAUUCAUGAUCAACACUGACUUUCAAAUGGUCGAUCUUUUACCUGAAGAAGAGUUCGGUCCCUUUGAGGGUUCUAUGUUCAUCGGUGGCGCCACAGCUGAGCACUUAAGAACUUCGUCGGUUCGCCAAGGCCUAAUCGGUUGUUUCCGUGGCCUCGUCGUAAACGGGGAGAUACUGGACAUUCACAGCUACAUGUCUGUCCACCUGUCAGAGAUUAUAAAGGACUGUAAGCCCUCCUGCCAACCGAACAAGUGUCAGAACGGCGCUAGAUGCGUGGAACUCUGGAGCAACUUCGAAUGUGUCUGCGAGAACCGAUGGGCUCACCUGGGCACCUAUUGCGAGAGGAAUAUAAAUGAAAAAGCUCUCACCUUCACGUCUCAAGGAGCUUUCCUGAAGAAGAACUUCUUCGGUACAGACGAGGAGAACGAAGAGUCGUUGUUACUCAAGAGUAUAUUGUUACAGAACGUACUAAUUAAUUUGAGGACUUACGACACUCACUCGUUGAUCCUAUACGCUAACGAUCACUUGAACAACUUCGCUCAUUUGUAUAUAUCCAAUGAGUCGAUUGUGUAUUUGUUCAACGCCGGCAACGAGAUCAAGAAUAUUACUGUGGAGUAUCCAGGCGUGAACACAGGGAUCUCAGUGCAGAUCGCCAUAAUCCGUAACGAAAAGUCGACAACACUGCACGUGAAUGAGCACAAUGCAACACUGAACGCAACUCCUGUGUUCAUAGAUACCUAUUCGAAUAAACCCUGGGUAAACCCAGAGAAAGAAGUACUAGCACCACAGAGGCCACCAGCUCCUCCUACCAAUUACUUCCAGGUGAAUCUAGGAGGCUUCGACUCGGACGACCUACUGAGAGUCGGCAAAGAGGGGAUGUUGAUAAAAGGAUACGUGGGCUGUCUCCGUGGGCUGAUGAUCGGGGAGUAUCUGGUCAAUCUGCCUAAUCUUGCUAACGAGGCUAAUCAUGAAGGCAGCAAAGGUGUGCUGCCAGACUGCCAAAUGAAAUGUGAUGCAGUGCCCUGCAAGAACUUGGGUAUCUGCACGGAGGACUUUGGUAGACAGGAGUCCUCCUGCAACUGCGAACUGACUUCUUAUUUCGGGGAGCAUUGUGCUGAUGAAAAGGGAGCAGACUUCAGCGGCGAGAGUGUUCUUCAACGCGAAUUCGACCUCGUUGGACCAGUGAGUCAAGUGAAGGUUCAACUAGCAUUCUCAACGAAUGAACUUCGCAAACGUACCACAGCGUUGCUGCUUCUGCAGACUGAGAACAAAAGAAGCUACUACUUGCUGGUCGCCCUAACGUCAGAAGGUCAGCUCAUAUUCGAAGAGGACAGGGAGGGUUCUGCUUAUGGAGUACGUCUCAACGACAGGAAUUUCUUGAACAGCGCUCGACACAGUGUCUACUAUGUUCGUGACAACAAUACUGCCACACUUUUGAUCGACCGUGAGCCAGUGCAACUGCUGCCGAUCCCCGUGCUGAACCUAAGCGAAGGCGAAGAUGAGAGUCCCGGGAUGACAGAGAUUCAGCUGGGUGGGUUGAACACAACUGAUUCCCGCUUCAGCGCUUACAAAGGAUACACCGGCUGUUUGAGCAACGUCGUGGUAUCGAUCAACGGAGGCCCUGGCAUGAAGCCACUCGAGGAAUAUAUGCUCUUUACGAAACAGGGAAGUGAAACGGUCAGGGCGACGAUACCAGCUGGCGUCAGGAGCGCACAGUGCGCGGUCUUUCACGCCCAGCCACGUGGCCUCGACCCGCCUAGAAACGAUAGUGUGGAUCGUGACAAAGCGUGGGUGGAGGACCCACCGGAAAGGAUACUGUACAAGUCCCAGUAUUCGGAUGCGACGCAGGAGGAGCAAGGUGCUGGUACUUACAUCUUUAUCCUGCUUUGUUCCGUGUUCGUCACUGCGGUGGUCGGUUGCAUUUACGAGGUGUGGCGUAGCGCGAGGAAAGACCGGCGCCGUAGACGGGCGUCCGUCGUUUCGGCCACGUCGACGGUGCCGGCUUCCAGCUCGCAGCGAUGGCAAUCACCGCAGUACACGGAAUCGAUGACGGCCGGCGUGAAAACGGUAGGCUUCAAGAAUGUGAACGAGGACGAGAAGAGACCGAACGGCACCCACGUGAAGCCGCCGAGCAAAGAGUACAAACCGUUGCCCAACGCGGAGUCUAAAGACUUAAUUAACGAUAAAAGGGUUCAUAUAAAAGCAGAUGAAGAAUCAGAGAAGAAGGAGCUCCUAGGGGUAAAUACAGGCAACAUCACUAAACCUCCGAAACCGAAUCCAUUCUCGAUGGAAGAUCUACAAGAGGAACCGGAACUAGAAGAACGCGAGGAAGAGGAAGCUGGAGACUAUGGGGACGAAGAUGAAGAAGUGGAGGACUCUAAACAACUGAACCAAAAGGAGGAGGAACCAGAUCAGUCGAAAGCGGACAGUAUAGACGACAUUGAUUUUGUGAAAUCGGCGAACACACGCAACGAUAUCGAACAACGAUCGACAAUCGAAAAUGUGUCUUCAGAUUCUGCGAAGCCUUUGUUUCUCAAACUGCAUCCUAUCUAUCUGUCGGGCGAUAUGAGAACAUUCGGGAGUCCAUUAACUUAUUUGGCUACCACAAAAUAUCAACCAGGAAAUCGAACUUCUAUAGAACUGGACUGAUCCCUUCGUCGAGAAAUUGAUGAUAAACUUUGUUCGACAAUUUCCACGACCGAUUCAAAAUACAAAGAGGAAAGAAGAUCGACAGCCGUGCUUUCUUGUUAUAAUUUUCAAUGUGUUACUUACAAAUGCAAAAUUAUCAUUUGUGAAGAAAAUAAUGGUACAAUAUUGUAUAAAAUAAUCGAAUUGACCUGUGUUACCAUACCUUAUAUAUUUACAGUCGUUCAGGGAAGUAUUUGGUGAAAUCAAUAAUAUAAAAGUAGAUAGUGAAAAAUAGUUUGGGUAAAAAAAAUUGUGAUGAAAUAAAAUUAAAUCGUUCUGGAAAGUGUAUUGUGAUUUUCGGACCAAUUUAUCUAAAGUUACAGAAAUACUUUUAUGAAGAACUGUAUCUUGCUAUAGAAUAUCUGUUUGUAGUAUAAUAUUAACAGUAUUGAAAAUUUACAAGUAAUUAUCGUUUAUUCGAUGUAAGUGGUUUAAAUAAUUUUUUCGUCGAAAUAUCAUCGAUGACGGUGCUCGCAAAUGGGAUAUUGAAUAACGAUGUAGAUGUAAUACGUGAGGGCGUAUAUCUAGGCGAAAUAUUUGUUUGAGCAUAUGCGAAACGAUGUUCCGUAACUUAUUCUAGGAAUAAAUCAUACAUACAUUUUAAACACGAAUGUAGAUUAAAAUCAAUGAUAUAACAACAUCCGUCGCAAUUACGAACUCUGUAUCAAAAUAUUAAUAAAAGAGUUAUUUGUUCAUAUUCAAUUAAAAAAUAAAAGGAUAGAAAUAAA